ACGUGGGGAGGGUCGGCGGCCGUCAUGGCGGAGCCGGAGGCGCCGGGCGGUGAGCGCGAGCCGUGCCGGGCGCGUGGGGCGGACCGGGACCGGGGAACCUCUCACGUCGCCCCCGUUCCGGGUGCGGGUUCCGGAGCGGCCCCGUCGGUACCGGCGGUGGCGCAGGGCCCCGAGCUGUCCCGGGAGGAGAAGCUGCAGCUCCGGAAGGAGAAGAAGCAGCAGAAGAAGAAGAAGAGGAGCGAGAAGGGAGCGGCGGCGGAGCCCGCGGAGCCGGGCACGGCGGCGGACCCCGCGCAGCCCCGUGUUGCUCCUCACCCCGCAUCCCCCCCAGCCUCAGCCAAUGUCCCCAACGACAGCGAGAAGCCCAUGGGGGGCAAGAGCAAAGCAGAGCUGCGAGCAGAGCGCCGGGCCAAGCAAGAGGCUGAGCGGGCCCAGAAGCAGGCCAAGAAAGCAGAGCUGGGACAAGGAACUGCACCCGCCAGGCCCAGGCUGACCCCUACUGAGGCUCCAUCUGUGGUAAAGCGGUUGCCAGAGCACGUGCAGGUGGAUGACCCUGCUGCCCAGAGGAAGUUAGCCAAGAAGCUGGAGCGCCAGCAGGUACCUCUGAGGCAGGACUACGGUACCAAGGUCAACCUGUUCUCCCACUUGCACCAGUACAGCCGGAAGAAGCCGCUGACACAGCAGAUGAGCAUCCCCUCCACAGUAAUUCACCCAGCUGUGGUGCGCCUCGGCCUCCAGUACUCGCAGGGUAUCAUCAACGGCUCCAAUGCCCGUUGCAUCGCUCUGCUGGAAGUCUUCAAACAGCUGAUUCGGGAUUACUCUACUCCCCCUAAUGAGGAGCUAUCAAGGGACCUAGUGGCCAAGCUAAAGCCACACAUCAGCUUCCUGAACCAGUGCCGGCCCCUCUCAGUUAGCAUGGGCAAUGCCAUUAAGUUCCUCAAGAAGGAGAUUUCAUGUCUCCCUGACACCCUGAGAGAGGAGGAGGCAAAGGAGAAGCUGCAGGGCACUAUCGACAACUACCUGCGGGAGAAGAUUGUUUUGGCAGCUGAAGCCAUUUCGAAAUCUGCCUUUGAGAAGAUAAACGACAACGAUGUGAUCCUGGUGUACGGAUGCUCGUCGCUGGUGAACCGCACGCUGUGCGACGCACACAUGCAGACGGACCGGACCUUCCGUGUCAUCGUGGUGGACAGCCGGCCGCGGCUGGAGGGGCGGGAGACGCUGCGACGCCUGGUGCGCCGCGGCAUUCACUGCACCUACGUGAUGAUCAACGCCAUUUCUUACGUGCUGCCUGAGGUGUCCAAAGUGCUGCUGGGAGCCCACGCGUUGCUGGCCAAUGGCUCCGUCAUGUCCCGUGUGGGGACGUCGCAGAUCGCGCUGGUCUCCAAGGCUUACAACGUGCCUGUGCUGGUGUGCUGCGAGACGUACAAGUUCUGCGAGAGGGUGCAGACGGACUCCUUUGUCUCCAACGAGCUGGAUGACCCCGAUGACCUGAUCGUGCUGCGCAAGGGGCAGGCCCAGCUGGGCGGCUGGGCAGAGAACAAGUCCUUGCGUCUCCUCAACCUGGUGUAUGAUGUGACGCCGCCUGAUCUGGUGGAUCUGGUUAUCACAGACCUGGGCAUGAUCCCCUGCACCUCGGUGCCUGUCGUCCUGCGCGUCAAGAACGUGGAUCAGCAGUAGGGGGCAGCUGCAUGGAUCCUAAUAAACCAAGCCUCGUGGCCGUAAUGUGUCUCGUUUCGUGGUGUGGCAGAAGCCCAGGCACUUGUGGCAGCUUGUGGCACCCUGGGCUCAGUUCUGCGCUAUCCUGGGGUGCGCAGCGC